GUCAAGCAAGGUUCUGCACUCCCAGAAUUCAAAGAUGUGUUUGUGUUGUAUUGUGGUUUGAAUCCUGGUAUUACUGUGAGAGACUUAUGUGCUAGACAUAACCCACAUACACUUAGAGUUGAUGAGCGGAAAUUGAUCCAGUUUGGUCUCAUAAAGGGAUUCAUUCGAAGAAUGCAUAAAUAUCCAAUCAAACUUCCCCAUGGUGCGGGGUCUCAAAGGUUGCGCCACCUAUAUAAGUGGUUUGAUGGGCGGCAUUGUUACGAUGAGAUAUGUUGUGAAGAGGGUAUGUCGUAUCAGGAACUUGAUGAUAAAAUAGAGAAUGAUCCUAGUCUUAUUGUACUAUGGAAGUAGGCUUAUUGUACUACGGAAGAAAGUUUUAUUGUACAAUGGAAAUUGUAAAUGGUCUCAUUCUGAGUAAACUCUGUCAAAAUUAAAUGUAGACCUUAGUUUUAAUCCAC